AAAUUAAUAAAAAAGCAAUAAAUUUCACGAAACUCGCGGAUAUAUCAAAUGUUAGAUAUUUUAAGUUAGAUGUUGAAAUGAAAUACACGAUUUCAAUUUUACUUUUCAGUGGUUUUUUCCAUGUAAAUUGCUUAAUUCCAAGUCUUAGUGUCCAAAAAGUUGACAGAAAAGCUAUCCAGAAAAAACGUCAAGACACGUUAGAAAUAUGCAAAAUAUUUAAUGAGCAGAACCAUUUUAUAGAAGAAAAAGGCAGGGUUAAAAGAGAUACGACGUAUUUGGACAAUCCAGCAUUGAACGAUGAAGACCUACGAAGGGUUGAAAGUAUUGUCGAUAAAAUGUAUGAUGAUAACAUUGAUGGUACCAAAGUUACGUAUAGACGAAGGAAUGGGGUAACGGUCAAGAAAAGUGAUCCAGUGCCACAGAGAAGGUAUGACUUCGCGCCUGCCAAGUUGUCAGUGUCCCUUGAAGAACUGCCGGACGAACAGAGUAAAGUUAGUAACAAUGCAUCGUUGAAGAAAAUACCAUGGAUUAAGAAAUGGGAUCAUGGUAUUGUUCCAUACUACAUCGACUCGAAUACUUACGAUGUUCAACUAGCAGAGACAAUAAUAAAGGCGUUUGAAUAUUUUGAAAAGGCCACGUGUAUUAGACUGCAACGGUUACGGAACAAACCGACAGACAAAGAUUCGCUGCAGAAGGUUGAGUGGUUGUACAUUACGAAUCCCUCCGGCUUGAGACAGUGUGUUCACAGCAACGAAAGAAAACCUAAUACUGGAGUACAGAUGGUUGUGUUUGGAUACGAUUGCAUGUCGCUGGGUGAAAUUACUCACGAAGUUAUGCACAUCUUAGGCUUCUCCCACGAACACACCCGUCCAGAUAGAGACCAGCACAUCACAAUUCUAUGGGACAAUAUUAAACCUGGAUACAAAAAGUAUUUCGCAGUGCGAGAAGAGGAUGCCCUCUUAGGUCUGCCGUACGACUAUACAAGUGUUCUGCACUACCCCUCAAGAGCGUUUUCCAAGAACGGUCAACAAACUAUUGUGACGGAGAAUGGUGUUAGAAUUGGUCAGAGGCAAGCCCUAAGUGAAACAGAUAUUGAAAAAGUUUCUUUGAUCUACAAUUAUGAUUGUGCCGAGCGAAAUAACGAGUAUCUGCUCAAAACAUGUCCUAACGUAGUCCAAUCUGCCAGUAACAAUAAAAAGGUUACAGAUGCUGAAAUACAAGAGUAUUUUAACGAAAGACUGUGGCCCUAUGGUAUAAUUAAUUAUGACUUUAAAGAUCAAUUGGAAUUUACCCUUGAAGAAAGAGAAAAUAUUCAGGCUGUUAUAAAGCACAUUGAAAAAGAAACUUGUAUUAGAUUCAGAAAUAUAGGAACUACUAAUUCUAAUGAGUAUAGUGGGGAUACCUAUGAGGUUGAUGAGGCAUUCGGAAAUACAACAUUUUCUUCAGAUGAACUUAACGGAGUAACAGUUCAAGAAGAUAAAACAAGUGACGAUGAUAAUGCAAUGAAACCAUCACCAGGUGGUGACACCAUCAAUGAAGAAAAAAAUAACGUUAAUGGUGAUGAUGUGACAGAACAAACACAACCGACAUCUGAAACAAUAAUAGAUGAAACUAAUAUGAAUGAAAAUUCCACGGAACCCACACAAACAGAAACAGAUGGAAAUAUGGAAGAAAUACAAAUUGUAAGAGAAGAAAUGCCUCAAGAAGAAGACACAAUUAGAAGAAAUGGUGUGAAUGAAGCGACACAGCGUAAUGAUGAAGAAAACGAAAUAAAAAGCGAAAAUGAGGACUUCAAAAAUGCGGAAAAUGAUUCUACGAUAGCACGCGUAAAGCGAAGAGCAAAAAUAAUAAAUUCCCAGAUUCCGAUGAGAAGGCAUGCCCAAAAUAUUAUAAGAUUGGUCAGAUCUACAGAGCCUGGGUGUCAAUGUCCACCGCCAGGAAGGCCAAAUGGAAAUGCAGAUUUGGUAAUAAACAUGGACUGUUUCAAUUCAGUGAAUGAUCUUCUACAUUUGUUCGUGCAUGUUCUGGGAUUGGAUCACCAACACAAUACCCACGAUAGAGAUUCUUACAUUAAAAUACUAUGGGACAAAGCUUCACCAGACAUUAAGCUAGACAUGGAGAACAAGCUCCCACCACCUGCGUCGGCUGGAUUCUCCUAUGACUAUCAGAGUGUAAUGCAUUUCCCAUGGUUACAAAUCAAUAAUGGCGCAAGAAAUAUUAUGUACCCUAUUUGGAAUGACGGUUGGAGCAUGGGCCAUUGGCAAGGACUAAGUGCAACAGACGUGCAGAAAAUAAAUAAGAUUUAUAACACUAAUUGUGCUUCACGAAAAAAACAAGCCGAUACAUAAAACGGUUGCAAUUUUUUGUUUUCCCGAAAUAAACAACAAAAUAAUAUUGUCAAGAAAAGUGGUCAGCGUUAUAUGAUAAUGACAGAUAAUAAAGAAACUAAGUCAGGCCACACCAGAGCGAAUUGUGAGCGAUACUUUAAUUCGCCGCAAUGUUCGUACUACAUUUACUACGGGGUAUAAUAUGUAUCGUAGGUAUACUUGCAAAUCGGACGUGCAUUUGUGAUGGUACAUUGGUAGUGGGUUACCUUUUUUACCCAUGGUUUUAUUUGGGUACCUAGCUUUUUAAAUAUUUGCCAUUAUUAUAAAACUCUGCAUAUACAAAUAAUAUACCUACUACGUUUUGUCGAAUUUGACACACAUUAUUUCUUUGUCUGUAAUUAAAUAAUGAAGGGUUGUUUUGAACCACUGCAAUAAAUUUUAUGUUAAAUAUUA